AUGCUUUACGAUGUGCGGUGGUACCGGGAGCGGGAGGGCCGGCUGCAGCCCGUACUGGCGGCGGCGGACAGCUGGGCGUGGGCGGGCGGCGCGGCGCAGUGCGUGCGGCGCGCCGCGCUCGCCUCGGCCGGGCUCUGGAUCUGCAAGGCGUACAACGUGUUCGGGGACGCCACCGCGCACACUACGCUGCACGUGCACGAUGACACGCUCAGCGUCGUCAUCGCGCCCACUGUGCUUGUGGCAGACGCGGGCAGCACGGCGCGCUUCAACUGCAGCGCGUCCGACCCGCGCGCCUCGCUCGCGUGGCUGCACAACGGGGCUGCGCUCAGCGGGGGCGCGGCCGGGGGCGCGGCCGGGGGCGCCGAGCUAGUGCUGCGCGGGGUGGCGCGCGCGCAUCGCGGCGUGUACCAGUGCGUGGCGCGCCGCGCCUCACUCUCAGCGCAAGCUGCGGCCGAGCUGCGCCUUGGAGAGUCGGCGCCGGAGCUGCAGUACACGUUCAUCGAGCAGGCGCUGCGCGCGGGCGGCGCGGUGUCGCUGCGCUGCGCCGCCGCCGGCGCGCCGCCGCCGCGCUUCCACUGGCUGCUCGACGACGUGCCGCUCGACCACUACCGCGCCCAGCACAGAUACUUCAUCCACGAGGAGACGUCGGUGUCGGGCGACGUGGUGUCGACGCUGAACGUGAGCGCGGCCAGCGCGGCGGACGGCGGCCGCUACACGUGCCGCGCGCACAACGCGCUCGGCCACGCGCAGCACGCCGCGCGGCUCAACAUAUACGGUCCUCCGUCAAUUCGAGCGCUGGGCCCAGUCCGAGUAGUCGCCGGUGCCAACGCCACGAUCUACUGCCCCUACGCCGGAUAUCCGAUCAGGUCCAUAGAGGUGCAUUUUGAUAGGAUGAUUCCUCUCUAA